GGCGGCGACGUGCGGGGCGCUGCGCUCGCCAUGCCAAAAUUACUAAAAAGCAAAGGGGGAAAGCAAGAGAAAAAAGUUAUCCAUCCUUACAGCAGAAAAGCCGCGCAGCUUGCCAGGGAAGCACACAAACAAGAAAAGAAAGAAAAGUUGAAGACUGAAAAAGCUGUACGCUUAAAUAUCAUUGGAGAAAAAUUACAAUGGUUUCAAAGUCACCUUGACCCCAGUAAGACUGAAUACACAAAGAAGGAUGUUGGUGAACUGAUUGAGAAUUAUAUAGGUCGAUUUAAUGAUGAGUUGGAGCAGAUUGAGUUGCAAAACAGCAUUAAAGGUAGACAAGGAAGACAACAUGGUUCUCGGGAAACAGUCAUCAGGCAGACCAUGGAACGGGAAAGGCGGCUCUAUGAAGGCUAYGGAAUAGAAAUCCCAGAUAUUGUGAACACGAAGCACCUGAAAUUUUUCAGAGAAUGGGAUGGUGAUCUGAAGAAACUGCCAAACAUUAAAAUGAAGAAGUUCUCAGCUAAGGAUGCUGCUUGUAGCCACCCUGAGGGGGCAGAUGUGGAAUGUAAAGAAGAACCAAAUAAAGGAGAAGAGGUGGUUUAAUGAGCACCAGCUGAUCUCAAAGUUGGAACAGCUGAAGGGAAUCAGAAGAAACCUAUUUUAACAAGCACUAGAAACACAAAUAAAGCUGACAUUCCCAAUUAUAUUUGCAAAGGCUUUUCUGGUUGCGUUUUUGAUUACCUCACUGUGUCCCUAUGUUAGAGAACAAACUUUCAGCAAACAGUGAGGGGAAAAACUUGAGAAUGUAAAGCCUGAAAUCGUGCAUGUGUUUUUGCUGCUUCUCACAUUGUACCUGCUCUUCAGGAUGCAGACUCCUAAGCUGAGGAGGAAAUCACAGUUUGUGUCGUGAGAUCCUGCGUGCAGCGCUGCCUCUCUCUCCCAUGUGUGUAGAGCACUCACGAUUCAGGCAGGAGUUGUCCUGGGAGGAAGCCUUUAGCUUUUCCUCUUAAUGGUGUGAAUAUGGAUGGCAGCUCUUGAAAUGUAAUAAACUCUAGAGGUAAAUUGGCACUUGAAGGAGAUUCUCUAAAGUCUGAACUUUCUUCUA